AUGAUUCGGCGAGAUAACCUACAGUUUUGUGGAGGCUUCCUGGAAUGGUUCCUCUACUUCCAUGGUCGGCGGGUGGGAAGGGACCAUUUCCGGAUCUGCAAUGCGAGGAGUGAUGAUGAAGGACGUUAUGUAUUGGGCCGGAUAACCUCGGAUGAUUCGGGCAUCUACGGAUCGGCCAUGACUCAAGUCCUCAUCUUGGAUUCUUCUUGGUCGGCGGUUGAGAGGCUGACAGUCACAAUGCUGCUGGUGGCCAUCACUUGUCUCCUCGCUCGAGUUCCUGACUGUCGUGCAGAGCCCAUAUCCUGUCUUGCUACAUGCUCUUCCUCUCCCUUGCAUCUACUGUACAAUCCCAAGUCAGCCAUCUCCAGAUCGGGUCGCCUGAUAUCAGGACGUCUCACCCAAACAUGCAUAAUAUUCCAUCCUCAUAUACUGACUCCAGGCUGCCUCGACCAUCUCCUCGCCAACAGCAGGAGCUUGCAGAAGCCGCAUGAAGGACAGAACGAUCAGGUCUCGCUCGGGGCCAAACCAUCCUUCGCUUUCGACCAGGCGGCCUACUUUAACGACAAGCGCCUUUUCUUCGGAAUCGAGGCUAUCCUCGCUUCCAUGGAGUGUCUCAAUGAUGCGGAGACAAUGAAGAUCCGUGAGUUCUUCGCUCGAUUAGUGUGA